AUGCUUUCACAGGCGAACGUCAGCAUGGAGGCCGAGGCGGCCGCCGCCGCGGCCGCGGGGCAGCCGACGAAGAGGACUUUCCGCAAGUUCAGCUACCGCGGCUUCGACCUCGACGCGGUCCUCGACAUGUCCGCCGACGACCUCAUCCAGGUCCUCCCCGCCCGCGCCCACAGAAGGUUCUACAGGGGGUUCAAGAGGAAUUCAUUGAUGCUCAACAGGAGGCUGCGCAAGGCGAGAAUGGGGGCACCGGCUGGUGAGAAGCCCGGUGCCGUGAAGACUCAUCUGCGCAACAUGAUCAUCAUGCCAGAGAUGGUAGGCAGCCAGAUCGCAGUGUACAAUGGGAAAACCUUCAACCAGAUUGAGAUCAAGCCCGAGAUGAUUGGGCACCACCUCGCCGAGUUCUCCAUCAGCUACAAGCCCGUCAAGCACGGGAGGCCCGGCAUUGGCGCCACCCACUCCUCGAGGUUCAUUCCCCUCAAGUGAAGGAAACCUCGCGCACACCGCGCGUGCCAAAGCGCCCCCUGAACUCGGUCGCUUUUGUCUGCUUUCGUCGCGCCGAAUCUAUGUAGCCCUCGUUGUGCAAUGCUCUGAAUCAGUUAUGGCCAAUUCCAAGUGGUCUGCAGCCUUUGUUUGAGAGACGCAAGACAGAUGCUGUGCUUGUACCUGACGCCCAUGGUGCACACCACAGUUGCUUAUUCCUCCAGGAGCCUAGUCAUUUGUGAGAUUUGACUGUGGCACUAGUCUGAACAGUCAAGCCGGUAGUAAUCUGUGAUGUCAAUGCAUGUGCUUGGAU